AUGAGUUCGCUCUACGCGUCAAAGGAUAUGUUCACGGACGAUAAAAGACUGGAGAAGAUCGACAAGCUUGUUGCGAUUGGUGUUGGGAAGCAUAUCGCGCUACCUCAAUUCGUUGUCGUCGGUGACCAGUCUAGUGGGAAGUCUUCAACUCUGGAGGCGCUGACAGGAUUACCCUUUCCCCGAGACUCAACACUGUGUACUCGUUUUGCAACACAUAUUGUCUUUAACCGAACCGAAACAGAAAAUUGCCAUGCUUCCAUCGUACCGCACUUGAAUUGCGACUCUGCCCUUGAAGCAAAACUCAAAGAUUUUGAGCACACUUUCUUGGAAGCUCUGACUACUGAAGAGUUUCAGGAGGUUCUGCUCAAGGCAUCUGAUGCCAUGGGUUUGGCAAGACUAGGGCAGCAGGAUAAGCAGGCUAGCAAACCAACGUUUUCCGAGCACACACUGAGGAUCGAGUUGAAUGGACCUAAUCACAGUCACUUCAGUGUUGUUGACGUUCCUGGUAUCUUUCGAAACCCCCAAGAAGGUGUGACUACCAAUGAUGACAUCGCACUGGUCAAGAGAAUCGUUCACAGCUACAUUGAGGAUGAAAGGUCCAUCAUAUUGGCUGUAGUUUCGGCAAACAUCGAUAUUGCCAAUCAAGACAUUCUGAAGAUGGCAAAAGAAGUAGACCCGAAAGGUCAGCGCACACUGGGAAUUUUGACAAAACCAGACCUCAUCGACAGAGGCGCAGAGGAUGAUGUCAUUAACAUUCUAAUGGGCACAAGUAACAAGCUUAGACUUGGCUAUCACGCGAUCCGAAAUCGUAAGAAAGCCGAGAACAAUUUCACAAUCGAACAAAGAAAUCAGGCAGAGUCCGAGUUUUUCAACAAGGGCCAUUUCUCCAGAGUACCACCCGAUCGUGUUGGUGUCAUAACUCUUCGACCGCGCCUCGAGAGGCUCCUUAAUGACAUAACACAGCACGAGUUUCCAAAAGUGAGACAGGAGAUCAAUAAUAUGAUCGACAGAUGUGAACAAGAGAUGAUGGAGCUCGGCCCAAGUCGUACGACGGAUGGUGAGAUUCGCAGCUAUCUAUUGCGCAUGGCCGAACAAUUCCAAAAGUACGUUGCAGUGGCAAUUGAAGCCAACUAUGGAUCAGACCCAUUCUUCCGCAUGGACGAAAUGCGUCUUGCGACAUGGAUUAUCUCGCAGAAUGAGGCAUUUUCUGAGGCUGUCAGAACCACGGGCUUUACAGUACCCUUCCUUACAGAUUCUCAGCAGCCAACAGAGCAACAUAAGGAUAUGUGGACUGAGCUUGCGACAGAGCGCUCAAGGUUACUUGCAUUAGUGGAAAAGGAUCACCCUGAACUGUAUACCACCGUGGAGCGUACCCUCAAGAAUAAGUACGACGAUAUACAAGCUCAUGAUCACGAUGAGGAUACCGAACGCGUUGGUGACAAGGAUGGUCAUGUCGCCAACGAUGGAUCCAGGCCACAUUCGGUUGAAAUUCUCGCUUGGAUCAAAGAGAAAUACACCAGAUCAAGAGGUUUCGAGAUGGGAACUUACAAUCCCUCUCUCCUACAUCUACUGUUCAGCGAGCAAACCUUGGCAUGGGAGCCCCUAGCUAAGGUUUACGUGUGUCGAUCUAUCAUCAAUAACCACAUGUUCUGCAGCCGACUCUUGGACAGGCUGUGCAAAGAUGAACUCGUGAACAAAGCUCUGCGAUCUGUCAUUAUGAACGAACAGCUGAGAAUCUACAAAAAGGCUACAGGCCAAGUAGAAUUCAUCCUCAGGACCGAACGACGCGGCAAGUUAAUGACCAUGAAUCACUACUACAGCGACACUCUCGAAAGGGUGCGAGACGAGCGACAGAGAACUAGAGCUGGAGCCAUAGUCAGCAAGGCAGCCAAAGGUGAAAGGUUUCCAUGUGAGGAAGAUGGAUCAAGAUCAUCCUGGGAUUCAAUUGAGCAGUCUGUGCGGAAUUAUGUGGCACCGGCUACGCUUCGAUCUUCCAACAAAGCUACAGCCAGUAAUAUUGACCAUACGGUCCAAGACAUUCAUGAUGUCCUCAAGGCAUACUGCAAGGUUGCUAUGAAACGAUUCAUUGACUGUGUCUGCAUGCAAGUCACAGACUACUAUCUCAUCUCGGGACCUGAAACUCCACUCGGUGUAUUAUCCUCGACGUUCAUUGGUGGUCUCAACACUGAUGAGCUUACACGUAUUGCGGGCGAAGCUCAACAUUCCAUCCAGCGUCGGAGUGAGCUCAAGAAGCAGAUUGAGAGCCUUAAGGAAGGGAAGAAGAUUCUAUUACAAUGA